AUGGAUGGAACAUUUUUAACAACACCACCAUUUUUCAAUCAAGUUUUUACUAUUCAUUGUUUGAAAUUCGAUUGUGAUUUACGAUGUGUCUUUGCACUUUUACCUGAUAGAAAGGAAGCAACGUAUCAACUACUAUUUCAAGAAUCAAAUGUUGUAGCUGUAUCUAUGGGUCAAACUUGGAGGCCUCAACAAAUCAUGACAGACUUUGAAACCAGUUUAGUUCCAGCAAUAUCAGAUUGA